GGAUCCAGCCUUUGAAAUGAUGCAGUCUCUGGAGGGAUGCAGCCUCUGAAGGAUCCAGCCUUUGAAAUGAUGCAGUCUCUGCAGGGAUGCAGCCUCUGAAGGAUCCAGCCUUUGAAAGGAUGCAGCAUCUGGAGGAUGUACCCUGGGAGACACAAGGAACACAGAAACACCAGAAAAGGACUGACCAGGUGAACUCCUACAAAGUAGACCCCCAGAAGAAGUCUACGAUGGACUCCAUCUCUAUGAUGGGCGACAGCAGGAGCCCUUUGUUCCUCACAGCCUCGUCUUCGCACCAUCUCCAACACACACAGGCCUGUUUCCUACCCAACGGUACAAAGAGUCCUGUUGGAAACCCAGAGGCUGCCUGUCUACCCUCCCAGUCUACAGUGGCCAUCUUAGGCUCAGGGGACUUCUCCAAGUGCCUGACCAUCCGUCUGCUGCGCCGCGGCUUCCAUGUGGUGGUGGGCAGCCGCCAUCCCAAACUGGCGGCCCAGUCAUUUCCUCACGUGGUGGAUGUGACACACCAAGAAGACGCGGUGGGGAAGGCCAGGAUCGUGUUCCUGGCAAUCCGACGCGAGCACUACUCAGUCCUGUGGGACCUCAAGCAUCUUCUCAAGGGCAAGAUCCUGGUGGAUGUGAGUAACAACAGGAGGCCGAACCAGUACCCAGAGUCUAACGCUGAGUAUCUGGCUUCACUGCUGCCAGACUCCAUAGCGGUCAAAGGAUUCAACGUCAUCUCAGCCUGGGCAAUGCAGCAGAGCUGCCCCAAAGACGCCAGCACACAGGUGUUUAUCUGCAGUGACUCGCUGGAGGCUCGGCAGCAGAUUAUGGAAUUAGCCCGCCAGCUCAACUUCCUGCCGGUGGAUAUGGGCACCUUGUCUUCCUCGCGGGAUAUUGAGAACAUUCCCAUACAGUUAUUUCCUGGCUGGAAGGGCCCCGUCCUUGCUGCCGUAGCGCUCUCCAUCUUCUUUUUCGCCUACUCUUUUGUACGAGAUAUUAUCCACCCAUAUGUGAAAUACAAGCAGAGUGACUUUUACAAGAUCCCCUUAGAGAUGGUCAACCGGACACUGCCCACUGUAGCCAUCACUCUCUUGGCCCUGGUGUACCUGGCAGGCCAGCUGGCAGCCGCCCACCAGCUCUACUACGGAACCAAGUACAGGCAUUUCCCACACUGGCUGGAGGGCUGGCUGCAGAGCCGCAAACAGAUGGGUCUCCUCAGCUUCUUCCUGGCGGCUGUCCAUGUCGUCUACAGCCUCUGUCUGCCCAUGAGGAGAUCGGAGAGGUACCUGCUGCUCAUCACGGCCUACCAACAGGUCCAUGCUAAUGUUGAGAACGCGUGGAAUGAGGAGGAGGUGUGGCGGGUGGAAAUGUACGUUUCCUUUGGGAUCAUGAGUCUCGGGCUGCUGUCGCUCCUGGCCAUCACCUCCAUCCCCUCUGUCCACAGCACGCUGAACUGGAGGGAGUUCAGCUUUAUACAGUCCACACUAGGCUACGUGGCUCUGCUGAUCGCUACCUUCCACGGGCUGCUGUUCGGCUGGAAGCGGGCCUUUGAGGAGGAGGCCUACCGUUUCUACCUGCCCCCCAGCUUUGUGGUGGCCCUAGCCCUGCCGGUGUGUGUCAUACUGGGGAAGGUGCUGAUGCUGCUCCCCUGUGUGGCCCGCAAGCUCCACCAGAUCCGCCGGGGCCUGGAUAGCAGCCGGUACCGCUGCCGGCGCCUGGAGCCAGGGGGCUUGGCUGCCCACGUUUCCCCUGAGAGAGUCACCGUCAUGUGAUCAGACACUCACAUAUACUGUAUCGUUACUGAACCAAUGGUCCUAUUGUCUUACGUUGAUGCUGUGAACAGAAUUGGUGAAUUGUGUCCUUAUUAGCUGUUACUAUUAGUGGAACUACUGUGGCCAUGAAUUUGUCAAGUCAAGGAAAUGACCCAGAUGAUGUCGUAGCGAUGGCCAGAAGAAUGCAGACUACUGACGUAUUGCAAGAAGCCUUUGAAAGAUGUGUUUACAGGCAGGGACGCUUUCCACAGACUUUUCAACUUAAAAGCUUCUCCUGCGCAGAUUGAUGGUCAUUUUUCUUCUCAGUCGGUCUCUUGAGUUCCCUAAAGCCCUGGAUUGCAAUACUAAACGUCUGUAUUACACCUGUAAUUGUGCAGUAUUUCUGUGUUUUUAUUUUUACUGCUCACAACACAGAACGGGGAUAUACAGCAGCAUAGAAGCUGUACCUGCAGUCCCUCAUAUGUAUCCCCUCCUCCAGGCCUUCUGUAGACAAGGGCAAGACAUGUUCUGAGCCACUGUGUUGUGAAUA